AGAAAUGAUCUCAUAUUUUGGUAACACGAUUUAAUACAGUAAAUAUUUACAAUGAUGAAGUUUUCGUUUCAACACCGAGCAUUCUAUUGCUAUCUGGGCAUGAGUAUUUGGAUAUUUUUUCUUGUUACUGUUGUUUAUAAGUACAUGGCCGUAAAAGAAGCAACGGUAGCUCUUAAGGUCACACAAAACAAUAAUGUGCUCAAAAGCGACAUGAAGUACAGAAGACUGUAUCUAAGAGCAUGUAACCCACCAGAAAAUAUAGUGAAGGGAUCUGAGGCUAUGGUGGAUGAUGAGACAUGGCUACUUCAGGGAGUAAUAGUGAUCACACGGCACGGAGACCGAGGGCCUCUGACACAUUUACGAGACGGAGACAAACUCCCUUGUGACACUGUACCUGUGUCUCCACUACUCAAAAGUUACGAGGAGUUUGUGCUCAACGCUAGCGCCAACGGUCGCGCCUGGUGGGUGGCGGGGCCGGGGCCCUUCCACAACUUUCCGUCUCUCCCCCGCGCUGCAGCCACGCGCUGUGCCCUCGGCCAGCUCACAGCUAGAGGGGUGCUGCAGAUGUUGACAGUUGGAAAUAUUCUUCGCGAGGCAUAUGGCGAGAAACUUGGCUUAGAGCAUAUGGACCUCACUGGAAAGCGAGAUACAGGCGGAGUAUCAUACAGCACACGGUACCGGCGCACGUUCCAGUCGCUGCAGGCGCUGUCGUGGGGCGCGGCGCGGGCGGCGGCGGCGGCGCGCGAGGCGCACAGCACCGCCUACUGCUUCCGCCACUGCGCCUGCCCCGCCCACCACAAUCUAGACAGGAAAAUAAGUUCGCAGACAAAAAGCCGAUUGGAGUCUCAUCCCGCUAUCAAGGAUCUGAUAAAUAGAUUGUCCAAAGUUCUGUUUGAAUCUCAGGAGUAUACUGACGCUGAUAUAGUCAGAGACGCACUUCUAGCUUAUAUGUGUCAUGACAUAGACUUGCCCUGUGUACGUAGACAAAAAUCCAGCAAAGUAGCCCUAGAUAAGAUGAAGAGAUUUCACGAAGCUAUACCCAAUAGGAACCUUUUGGACGUAGAUAUAGACACACUAAACAUGGAGCUAGAUUACAUCAACAAUCAACUAGAUUUUAACAACGAAAUUGGGAGAAAAGCAAGAGAUAUAAUAGGGAAAUACGACAAGCAGAAAACACCGCUAGAUUUCGACGCACAGAUGGAAAGAGAGAAACUGCUAUAUUACCAACAGAGAUACAUAGAUAAUGCUGACACAUACGACGAUGUGGUUAUAGUUAAAAAGAAUUUGGAUGCUGAUUUCAACUUUCCCAACGAUGCUAGAGAUACAGAUUUCGAUGAAGACUACAAGGAACCAACUCCAGAGGUAGCGGAGGACUUUUGUAUCAAGAAGGACCAUAUUAUGUCGGUUUUCGCUUACUUAGAAUGGAGCUACAAGCAGGAAGUAAAGAACACGCAUAACAGACGAAGAGGGUUGUUAAUAGCAUACGGUCUCAUACAUAACAUAGUUCAGAACAUGAUCCGAAUGAUAUCAGAGAACAAACCAAAGUUUGUGGUGUACUCCGGCCAUGAUAAAACACUCCAGGCGUUGAUUCUAGCUCUGGGAUUGAACAGCUAUCAACAUUACAACAUACAGUACGCUGCAAGAAUAAUAUUCGAAGUGUACAGAAAGAAGGAGCUGCGAGACGAGUUCAAAUUCACAAAGCGGAAAGCGGUCGCUCAGGACUUUUUCUUCCGUGUAGUGUAUAACGGUGAAGAUGUUACUAAUAAGCUAAGUUUUUGUAGGAAUAAGCAGAUGGAAACUAUGGAGAUGCCGGUUUUGGACGGAUCUAAAGUGUACAAAACAUAUCUGUGUCCGAUAGAGAAUAUAGUGAGAUUCAUCCAUGACGAUUACUUCGCUGGAUUUAAUGUUAGCAACUAUAAGGACGCAUGCGCAACGUACAAUGUAGGUAAACAUAUCGUUAAGUAGAGAAACUAUAAAUAUUAUAAUUGGCAGCUAAAAACAAUAAGGCUAAUCAGGGUAAGUUCAGAUACUUCAAUACAGGGGCAGUACAACCGAUAACCGAAACCGUUUUGAGACUCGAACGAAUCGGAAUGCCGUGUCCUACUCUAACAAACGUCAAGUGAGGUUGUUAGAGCAAGACGCGACAUUCUGAUUCGAUCGUUUGAGUGAUAAGUCUCAAAACGGUUUUGUAGGCCUCCAGAUUACAAGGUACAACGCACGCGCCACAUUUCGAUGCAUUCGACGCGUACGGCGUGGGUGCUGACAAAUUUUGUCAGCACUCCUACGCGCACAUUAAUGUGCGACAAGCUUAACAGGUAAACACAAAAUUAUCUAUUGUUUGUCUGGUACAACGAUGCGAUAAGCUAUUUUGUUGAAUCCCGCACAUCGUACGCGAAAAUAUAGCAGUCAAUGUUUUUCUAAAAGGAGAAGUGGCAUUUUUGUAUGAAACCCGUACCCAAGCUUGUAGUACAUCCACACAUAAUAUUAUAUCAAAUGGAAGGGCUUAAAAAGUUGAACAAGUUACAUUUUUUAAAAUUACGAAACAAAUUAAAAAAUAAAACACUUUCCUUAAGUUUGCCAUAUACGGUUACUUUCCAGAAAUUAUUCCUUACGAGCUUUUGCCCGCGGCUU